AUGUCAUACUAUCCGCCCCCCGGUGGCCCUCCUCCUGGUCAGGCUCCAUACCAGCAAUAUCCACCUCAGCAAGGCUAUGGCCAGCAGUAUGGCGCUCCUCCCCAAGGAUACGCUCCGCCAGCUCCGCAACAGGGCUAUGGUGCUCCUCCGCAACAGGGCUACGGUGCUCCUCCGCAACAAGGCUACGGUGCUCCUCCGCAACAGGGAUACGGUGCUCCUCCCCCGCAACAAGGCUAUGGCGGCUACGGCCACCCACCGCCGCCUGCUGGUCAUCCUGGACAGUACSGAAAUGUCCCACCUCCGCAGCAGCCUUACGGGGCACCGCAAGCUUUUGGCCCUCCAGCAAUGCCAUCCCCGGGUUACGAUCUCCGCCAGCGCUCCAACGUCGAUGUCUCACGCGCUGCUGAUGAGCUGCGUGCUGCCAUGAAAGGGUUUGGAACCAACGAAGACAAGCUCAUCCGCACCCUUGCUCCUCUAGGCCCAUUGGAGAUUGAAGCCGUCAAGGUCGCGUUCCAGCAACGGCAUAAGCGUGAUCUGAUGAAAGACGUCCAUUCUGAAACUUCUGGUUAUUUCCGUGAGGGUUUAGAGGCAAUUAUUCGUGGACCGCUCGACCAGGACUGUCACGUCAUCAAGGAGGCCCUUGACGGGAUUGGCACGAAGGAGAGUGCACUURACGAUGCCCUUCUGGGACGAAGCAACGCCGAUAUGAAUGCCAUUAAAGCCCACUUCCAGCACAAGAACCGUAAGACAUUGGAGAGCGCGGUCAAGGACGAUUUGUCCAUGAAGACUGAGCGCAUGUACGACAUGGUCAUGGCUGCACGCAGAGCCGAGGAGUCCGAACCUGUCUUGCCUCAAAAUGUAGAUGCUUGGGUUAAGGAGCUCUACGAUGCGACUGAGGGUCGAAGCGGCGCUGAUCAAGUUCACUUCUGCGCGGUCAUAACUUCACGCAGCAACGGCCAGCUUCGCGCCAUUGCGCAAGCCUACAAGCACAAGUAUCAUCGAUCACUCGAGGAAGUCAUUCGAAAGGAGUUCAGCGGACACAUGGAAUCAGCCCUUCUCUUCAUUGUUGGCGCGGCUGUGGAUCAGGCCAAACACGAUGCCGAUCUUCUCGAAGACUCCAUGAAGGGUCUAGGCACCAAAGACCAAGCCCUUGUCCGAAGAGUUGUCAUGAUCCAUUGGGAUCGUCAACGUCUCCAGCAAGCCAAGGCAGCAUACAAGCACUUUUACAAGCGCGAUCUCGUCGAACGGAUCAAGUCUGAAUGCUCAGGAGAUUACCAGAAACUCAUGGCGUUGUUUGAAAUGUGA